UUUAAUUGGCAAGUGUUUCAACCUCCAACUUCCAAACCCAAAACGAUACCUCUUUCGCAAAUGUCUCGUCUGCAGUAUAAGAGCAGAGCCACAGAUACCACUUGCCAUCGCCACAAGACAUCAAUUGGCUGUCCGUUUGCCACUUUCGGCAGCGAGUGAAAUGGACGAGCUGCUCUCGCCGCCCUCGCCGGCGUCAUUCUUCUCCCACGCCGGGCACCCGGUCAUCGAGUUCGCCUCCUGCGAGGUCCCCGAGCAAUGGCUGCUCGGCGACUUCGUGGCGAAGAACGAGGGCUACGGCGACGGGGAGGAGCUGUGGCCCGUGCGGAGCUCGUUCUCCCCGGACUCUGAGCUCUCCGAGCAGCCGCCGCCUCCUCCGCCGCUGCAGAAGCAGGAUGAGGCGGGCGUUACGGUCCCACCGCAGCGGCCGGGGAAGCGGCGGGGACGGAAGCCUGGGCCCCGCCCGGAUGGCCCCACCGUGAGCCACGUGGAGUCCGAGCGGCAGCGCCGGGAGAAGCUGAACCGCCGGUUCUGCGACCUCCGCGCCGCCGUCCCCACCGUGUCCCGCAUGGACAAGGCCUCCCUCCUCGCGGACGCUGCCGCCUACAUCGCCGAGCUCCGCGACCGCAUCGCGCGGCUCGAGGCCGAGUCGAGGCGGGCCGCCGCGGCAUGGUGGGAGCCCGUCGCGGCCGCCUCCUGUGGCGCCGCCCCGGGCGUCGUCGACGAGGCAGUAGAGGUGCGGAUGGUUGGGCUCGACGCGGCCGCUGUGCGCGCGACGAGCGCGAGCCCGCACGCGCCCGCGCGGCUGAUGUGCGCACUCCGGGCUCUAGAUCUGCACAUCCAGCACGCCUGCGUCAGCCGCGUGCACGGCAUGACCGUGCAGGACGUGGUCGUGGACGUGCCCGCCGCGCUGCAGGACGGCGGCGGCCUCCGCUCGUCGCUGCUCCAGAUGCUGCAGGACAGUAAGGGUGCGUCGUUGCCGGUCCAAGAUUCGAACCCUGGAUUUACACCAUAUUAAAAUGGCUUCAUAAAAAUCUCAGAGAAAGGAUCUGGUGCUUAAAAAGAAAAGAAAAACUAGCUACCAGCUCGUCUCCUCCCGUUCGUCCGCGCCAUUUCUGUGCUCGAACAGUACGCGCGUCCGUGCGCGCUACCGGAGCUCAACGCGUGACGCGCACGGAUAAAAACGAUGCUAAUGUUAAUCAAGGGGAUAAAAACGAUGGAUAAAUCAUGGCUAACCCAUCGUGCUGUGUGGCUGUGUCGUCUCUACCUGUCCAUGGAAUAAAGUGAACUAGGCUAUCGCUGUUAAAGGACUCGAUGGCUGUGUCAUGCAAACAACGACGCCCAAUGAUCGACGAGUGUGUACGAGUCUGUGUUGUUGAUCGAAUUAUUGAGGCUCCUAUCUGUUGGGCUGUUGGUCGCCCGUGCCAGAUCUCGAUCUACUCGUUUUGCCAAUUGGGGCCUAGCUUCUGCAUGCUUGGAUGAAUGUCUGAUCAGGGACGACGGCGCCAGAAACUUAAUAUGAGGGGUGCCAA